AGCCGUCAUGAAUCAAUGAAAUAUAUUACUUUAUAGGUGAAUUAAACGUAUUAGAUGGAAGAUGUGUAGAGUUGUAAGGCCAUAUUAAACGCGAAGGUAGGGUAUUAUAAGUGGAAGCUGGAGCACAUAUUCUAAGCCCAUGUAUAGCACAUUUAACCUUCCAUAUACUCUUUAAAAUGCAUGUUGCAAUAGCAGGAUGCGUACAUGGAGAACUUGAUAUGAUAUAUGAAAAAAUUAAGAAGAAAGAUGAUGAAGACAAUACUAAAACCGUUGUAGUACUAUGUUGCGGUGAUUUUCAGGCUAUUCGAAAUGCUGCGGACUUGGAAGAUUUAUGUUGCCCGCCUAAAUACAAGCAUUACGGAGAUUUUAAAGAUUAUUAUGAGGGCAAAAAGGAAGCUCCUAUACUUACCAUAUUCGUAGGUGGAAACCACGAGGCUCCAAUGUUUUUAAAAGAGUUAUAUUACGGAGGAUGGGUAGCAAAAAACAUAUAUUAUAUGGGUCAUUCGGGUCUUGUAAACAUUAAUGGCUUACGUAUCGCGGGAUUGUCUGGAAUAUAUGAUGCUAGGGAUUUUAAGAGAGGGUAUUUUGAAACCGCUCCAUUGAAUGAAUUUACGAAACGUUCUUCAUAUCACAUACGUGAAUUUGAUGUGGAAAAACUUAUGAUGGUAGAGAAUCCGGUGGACAUUGUAAUAUCGCAUGAUUGGCCAAGAGGCAUCGAACGUUUUGGAAAUGUGAAUGAACUUAUUCACAAAAGAAAACAUCUAGCUCCAGAUAUAAAUGCGAAGAAAUUAGGUAGUCCACAUGCCUGGGAUUUGUUAAAGAAACUGAAACCACGUUAUUGGUUCGCAGCUCAUCAUCAUAUACGGUUCGAAGCGAACGUUGAACAUGAUGAGGGAAACACAUAUUUUCUUGCCCUUGACAAGCCAAUAAGGCCAGAUUAUUUUAUGGAAUUUAUUUUUGUACCACCCUCGAAAUCGCAGAAGCGUAAACAAGACGAAGAAGCAAAUCUGUGUUAUGACGUGGAAUGGUUAUCUAUCGUAGCAACAAAUGCAAGGCUGAUGCCCCUUAACUCAUUUCCAUCCUCGGUGGAUCUUUUAUUAAAAAAACCUAAUAAGAACAUGAAUCAGAGUGUUAUUGACGGUUUGUUGAAAGCAGGAUGUGAGCCUUGUACCAUAGAUGGGUCAACAGGAUACAAAAUUGUAUUUCCUGGUCAUGACUAUAUUAUAGAACCAUCAAAACAGCGAUCUAUGCUGAUGAAUAUGUUGAAUAUUAGCGAUAACGCUUACUUCUCUCCGAAAUCGGCAUCCAAAUUCAAAGUCAACAUGAAGUAAAUUUUCCCUUAU